AUGAGCGUCAAGGUUAUUGCUACUUGCGCAUCUUUGGGUAGCGCCAUUGUGCUAGUGAGUGCGGUGGUCAGCCUAGGGUAUCUCUUCAAUGAUAUCCACUCUUUCUACUCGGAGGCCGUUUCCGAUAUGAGUGAAUUCCAAUUGUACGCCAACGAUGCCUGGACUAACAUGGUUAACAGUAUGGCUGGAACAACCGCCAGUAAUGCCAAGAACUUCGAUACCAUUUUCGGACGACACAAAAGGUCAAAUGCCAAAUGCAACUGUGGCCCUAAACCCAACGGAUGUCCCGCUGGUCCACCAGGACCUCCAGGAGAAGCCGGCAAACCGGGAGACAAUGGUGACAUGGGAAAGCCUGGAAAUCCUGGUAUCAAAGGAGUCGCACAAGGAAUGUCGGAUACACCCAGUGGCUGCAUCAAAUGCCCACCAGGACCUCCCGGACCCCCUGGACCCGAGGGAGCCGCUGGAGAAUCAGGCCCAGCUGGAUCAAAGGCAGAUGAUGGCAAGCCCGGAGCCAAAGGUCAAGAUGGACCCGACGGCGAGCCUGGUGAUGCUGGAAAGAAUGGAGAGCCUGGCAAACAAGGAGAGCCCGGAAAAGCCGGAGAAAAUGGAACAAAAGGCAAAGGAGCCCCUGGACCCGCUGGAGCACCAGGACCAAUUGGACCAGCUGGAGGAGCCGGAGCUCUGGGAGCAGCAGGACAACCUGGCAAGGAUGGAACCCCCGGACCUGCUGGAAACAAAGGAAAAGACGGUGACAAGGGUCACGAUGGAGAGGGUGGAGUGCAAGGAAUUGUCGGAGCCCCGGGACCUGACGCUGCCUACUGCCCAUGCCCUCCGCGGUCCACUGAGAUCAUUGCUAAGGCUAACGGUGGAGACAAAGCUACGGAUGCUGGCUCUGGCUAUGUUUACCGAAAA